CACGGUUCGCGAAUGGGCAACUUCGACCCACACAUGUUAUAAUAAUGUCCCACUCCCCCUCUUCUUCGAGACUGUGAUGAAACGCUGAGCAGAUUUUAAUGAAAUUGGAUUGAAUUGCAGCGGAAUCGGAUACAUAUCAACGUCAGAAUCAAAACAGAAUUGAUAUUCUUCGAGAUCGGCGUCAAAUCAGUUUAUUUCAAGAUGCAUUCUUGCACUGCUUGAGACUGCAACAGCGCCGCAGAAAAAAGCCCUCCAAACUCUUGAGAAUUCACACUGGGUAGUACACACAGCACCGACGAGGACAACAAAGACCAAUCGGGUUAUGGUUCUGACGAGGAGGCAGUGAUGGAGUUAUCUCAUAGCUUACUGCUCAAUGAGCAGGCCCUGGCCCAGAUAGCCGAGUCCAAGCGACCCAUCUUCAUCUAUGAGUGGCUGCGCUUCCUGGAUAAAGUCUUGGUGGCUGCACAGAAGUCUGACUUGAAAGGCUCCCAGAAGAAGUUGGUCGCCCAGCUAACCAGUCAGAUCACAGAGUCUCCCGGACCCCCAACGAGGGCGCUACUCGGCAAAUGCAUCGGGACCGUCUACAGCGUCGGCGAUUCCUAUGACCUGCUGGAAACCUCCAACUUCUGCAAUGACAUCAUCAGAAACAAGGACGAUUCGCCCAGCUUUCUGCCGUCGAGAUUGGCUGCAGUUGCUGUUCUUGGCGCAAUGUACGAGAAACUUGGUCGCAUGAUGGGAAGUAGUUUUCCAGAAACCAUUCAAGGCCUUGUGAAAGCAUUAAAAAAUGCCGAGUCAACAGGCCGUUGUGAGAUCAUGCUGUGCCUGCAGAGGAUCGUGAAGGGCCUGGGCUCAGCGGCUCAAUCCUACCAUCGAGAUAUCUACAAGGCUGUCCGCAACGCCCUGCAGGACAGGAGCAUGGCAGUCCGGUGUGCUGCUGCCAAGUGCAUGCUGGAGUUGGUGAAAGAAGGCAACUUUCUGCACACAACAGAGCUGGAGAACAUGGUCUCGACGUGCUUCCGUGCACUGGAUGGCUCCAACUAUGACGUCCGCAGUGCAGUGUCCAAGCUUCUUGGAGUUCUGCUGGCCACAACUCAGACCAACAUUUCGAAAGACCCUAGAGCCAAGCGCUCCAGCAUCGACGAUGUCUACAAUCUCCUGUCGGUGGGCUUCAUCAAGGGGACGUCCGGCUUCCUCAAAGCGGGCGGAGGAGAGCAGAAAGGGGGCGGGAUGAUCAACAGGGAGGUCCGGGUCGGAUUCACUCAUGCCUACGUGGUCUUGGUCCGGACCCUGGGCGGUCUCUGGCUGGAGCGCAACCUCCAGCUGUUCCUGGAGAGGGUCUUUGACAUCGUGGCCAACCCCCGCUCCACCCCUACCCACGUGGAUGCCGUCUAUCUCCGCCGCUGCGUCACCUUCAUCCUGCGCUCCACCCUGGGGGACAUGCUGGGAGAGAAGGCCCAAGUCUCCUGCUGCAAGCAGCUGUGUGGGAUCAUCACCAACUACAUGAACUCUGUCGCUGAGCCGAGUGACAGCGGUGGUCACACCCACGACAACUCCAACACACAGCACGUCUUGAUAUGUGCCAUGCAGGAGCUAGGCAGUCUGGUCAAGUCCCUGUCUACCUGCGCCAGUAGUUUGGUUACCGAACCCAAUGCUAACAUGUGUGACGCAGUAGCCAGCGUACUCCUGCACCCGAGCCCAGCGGCCCGUCUAGCCGCAGCCUGGUGCCUGCGUUGCAUCGCUGUGGCCCUGCCCUCCCAGCUCACGCCAUUGCUGGACCGCUGCACCGACAGGCUCCACAACCUGAAGAGUUCCCCCGAGGCUGUGUCGGGUUACAGCUUUGCCAUCGCCACCCUGCUGGGAGGGGUGCGGGACUGCCCGCUGGGGAUCCCUCACGCCAAGGGGAAGGUCAUAUUCAGUAUUGCCGAGGAUUUACUCAGAACAGCCUCUCAGAACAGCCGGAUGUCUCUGCACAGAACACAGGCCAGCUGGCUUAUACUAGGUGCUGUCAUGACGUUAGGUACUCCAGUAGUCCGGAACCACCUGCCCAGGCUGCUCCUGCUCUGGCGUAACGCAUUCCCAAGAUCGUCCAAGGAGCUGGAGUCUGAGAAGGCCAGGGGAGAUGCGUUCACGUGGCAGGUCACGUUAGAAGGACGAGCAGGAGCACUUUGUGCCAUGCAGAGCUUCAUUACUCAUUGUCGUGAUUUAGUGACUGACGACGUCAUUAGGAGAUGCAUGACACCUUUGGAGUGUGCCAUGUCUAUGCUUGCGGAGAUUCACACAGUGAUCAAGUCUUGCGGUGCCCACCUCAAGGCCAGUGCAGCUAUGGUUCGACUCAGACUGUAUGAAGUGUUGAGGCUUUUGCCUCCCACAUCCUAUGAAAGUAGCUUCACAGCCCUGCUGCGCGAGCUUGUAGCCGAGUUCACGCUGACGGACAACGCAGCCAACACCACCACCUCCCUGAUGCGCUCGCUGUGCCACGAGAACGACUCCAUCAUCCUUCAGAGCUGGAUCACCGAGACCGACCACAAGUCGGUGGAGCUACAGCUGCAGCCCAACAGUGCCUCAGGGUCUGGGGCCCUGGAGCACGAUCCGUCGUCACUGUACUGGAAAGCAAUCAAGGGUGAAGACGUUCCUGGACCCCUUCCACUAGGCGUGGCCGUCAUUGACGCCUCAGUCUCUCUCUUUGGUGCCGUUAUACCCCACGUCGCCGACAAACACCGCCUGAAAAUACUGGAGCAUUUUGGGGAGUGUAUCAGGCAAGCCAAGUCGGCCAGACAACAAGCAGUUCAGAUCAACGUCUUCACGGCUGUUCUUAGUGCUCUCAAGGGCUUAGCAGACAACAAACGCAGACUUAAGCAUAGUGGUGUCAGAGCAGCAGCGAAUAAUCUGAUCAUGAAUGCCUUGACCAAUUCCAAUCCCAUCCUGCGCUGCGCUGCCGGCGAGGCCCUAGGGAGGAUGGCCCAGAUGGGAGGAGACAACUCCUUCAUUGCGCAGACUGCUCAGAUGUGCUUUGAUAGACUCAAGACAGCAAGAGAUGCUGUCUCCAGAACAGGCAACUCCCUGGCCUUAGGAUGUCUUCACAGGUACGUGGGUGGCAUGGGGGCAGGCCAGCACCUCAACACCAGCGUCAGUAUCCUGCUUGCCCUGGCGCAGGACUCAACCUCCCCUACAGUACAGAUGUGGGCAUUGCAUGCACUAGCCCUGAUAGCGGAUUCGGGUGGUCCCAUGUUCCGCUCCUACGUGGAGCCCACCUUGUCUCUCGUCCUGACCUUGCUUCUUAGUGUACCUCCCUCCAACGUGGAGGUCCAUCAGUGUCUGGGUCGAUGCCUAGCUGCCCUGAUCACAACACUGGGACCUGAACUACAAGGUAACAAGGGUAACCUAGCCACAGCGCGGACAUCCUGCCUGGUAGCCUGCACCAUCAUGCAGGAUCACCCAGACUCCUUGGUUGGUUCCGAGGCCAUCGCCUGCUUACAGCAGCUGCACAUGUUCGCUCCGAGGCACGUCAACCUUACCAGCUUGGUUCCUCACCUUUGCAAAUCCCUUGGUAGCCAGCAUCUGUUACUACGCCGUGCUGCCGUGGCCUGCCUGAGGCAGCUGUCCCAGCGUGAGGCCCACGAGGUGUGUGAAUACGCCAAGAGCUUAGCCAAGGACCCCAGGGAUGUCAGCACGGCUGUCACGGACGGUGUGGUUAUCACAGAGACUGGCCUGGAAGGGGUUCUCUUCAGUAUGCUAGACAAGGAAACCGAUCAGCGACUCCUGUCCGACAUCCACGACACCUUGAUCAGUAUGCUGCAUGAGCUGUCAGGGAAAGACCUGGCAAGGUGGCUGACGUUGUGCAAGACUGUGCUGUCGGCUUCCAAAGAGAGUGGAGGCGGUACUCCCAAGCCAGACCACAAUCGCAAAGGUGCCGAGGAAAAGGAUGACAAAGACGAAGAUCAAGAGGUUGAUGACUCGGCCAAGUUUAAGACAGGGGAGAAAGUCAACACGCAUCCUCCAGUGGCACCACGGUGGCCCACACGAGUCUUUGCAGCUGACAGCGUACGGCGAGUCAUCCAAGUGUGUGACGGCAACACGGUGCACUUUGACCUUGCUCUGGCCCGAGAAAUGAAGGCAAAGACAUCACAGGACAACUACCUGGUGUUGCAUCUGUCAGACCUGGUCCGGACGGCGUUCAUUGCUGCCACCUCGGAGAGCAGCCAGUUGAGGAAUGCAGGCCUUCUGCUCCUUCAGGACAUUAUCAACAAGUUUGCCCGGGUGCCGGAACCGGAGUUCCCUGGACACUUCAUCAUGGAACAGUACCAAGCCCAGGUGGGGGCAGCUUUGCGGCCAGCCUUUUCCCCCGACACUCCCUCUGAUGUAACGGCCAUGGCCUGUCAGGUUUCUAGUGCAUGGAUCGGUAGCGGUGUGGCCCAUGAUCUGAACGACCUACGGCGAGUCCAUCAGCUCUUGGUCUCCUCGCUCGCCAAGCUGCAGGUGGGGAAGGGCGCCCCCGCUCAGAUUUACAGCGAGAGCGCUUCCACCAUGGAGAAACUGGCCGUCAUCAAGGCCUGGGCAGAGGUUUACAUUGUAGCCAUGAAGCAGCAUCUAAGCCCUCCCGAGCCCACCAGCGACCGGGACGGUUAUCAUGGCAACAACGACCCCUCCGCGGACAGCCUCCUGAAUCUAGUCCAACCCGAGCUGGUCUCCCUCAGCAAGUACUGGCUGGCCGCGCUACGGGACCACGCCCUGCUGGCCCUCCCGCCGGACUUCGCCAGCCAGUUACCCCAGGACGGCGGGGCCUUCUACAACUCGGAUGCCAUCUCCACCACCCGGCCCCACUACCAGCGGGCCUGGUCGCCUAUCGUCUACGCGGCCGCCCUCUGGCUCAACAAUGGCGGCUUCCAGACCAUUGAGAGGAACGCUGAUGGGAGCUUUGGCAGUCUGGCGGGCAGUGGGCCUGUCCUGCCGGGCAUGGGGGUUCCAUUGAGCAUGGCAGCGGGGAAGGCCUCUGAACACUUGAAAGAGGAUUACUUCCAUCUCAUACUAGGUGUCUGCGUGGAAGCCCUGUCCAGCCAGCGGUCAGCCGAACCCAUCCAGAGUGUCCACUACUGCCUGCAGGCCGUCCAGACCCUACUGGACUCUGCCUGGCCCAGGGCUCAGCUCAGCUCCAACCCCUCGCUGGCCGUGGAGCUCCUGAACGUCAUGCACCGGCUGCUGCUGACCAGGGAGACACUGAGCACUCAUCUGCUGGUCACGGGGGUGGUCAAGAGGGUCAUUCAGGCCAUGGAGGAAAGACUGGCCGAGGAAAGCAAAGACAAUGGUGAGAUCUCUGGGGCCAAUCCAAGUGGCGGGGGCGGAGUCUUCCAAGAAGAGGGUGGGGAGAGCGGUGACAUCGUCCCGGGCAACUCGGUAGUCUUUGCCACUCUUGAGGUCUGUCUAUGCCUGCUGGUCAGGCAGCUACCAGCCCUCAACCCCACCGCCUCCAGCGCCAUCAUCCAGAGCUACGCCAAGAACGCCGGGUUGUCUGAGGAGGCCAGCGUGCUCAUAUCCACCACCGUUGCUAUCAUGGCCGGCCUGCCGGAGCUUUGCUCACCCACAGGCAGUGUAUCAGUACUUCCCACAAUCCUCUUCCUAACCACGGGGGUGCUGCGAGAGACAGCUGAGCCCUCCAUCGACGGCAAGAUUGCCCCCACGGUCUCCGCCUCGCUCCAGGCACUGCGAACCCUGACACAGUCACGACAUCUCAACAACCCGGCCUGUGUCAAGGAGUGGGUCAGGUUACUGCGCAGUGCGCUGGCCACUGUGCUGGACUUUGCCAGACCAGGCAAAGACAAGACAGGUGUUGAUGAGAACAGUGUUCUCUUAGCAGUUGCUGUCUUCGUCUCUUCUGCACCUACAUCCGUCUCGGCCGUUCCAGGCCUCCAGUGCCAAGCCAUUGAACUCUUCAAGAAGACCAUGCACUCCGACGAACCAUUGGUGAAACUGAAGAGUCUCCAGACCAUGUGUUCCAUCUUCCAGUGCAAGCACCGUGAGAUUGCAACCCCGUUCAUCCACGCGCUGGGGCCCAGGGUGGUGGAGUAUCUCCACGGUGUAGGCAGCAACAAGCCAGACAAGGACGAUGAGGUGCCGGUAGUCCUAGAGGCUAUCAGAGUCCUUGAGGUGCUAGUCAGUUUGACGGAAGAAGCCCACAGGGUGCAGCUCUUGGCUCUCCUAGUACCUAUCCUGAUCAGUCUCCUAGUACCAACCACCAUCCUACCUUCCACCUCCAGGCAGAGCCGAACCCUCCACGAACAAGCCCUGCAGAAGCUCAUGAAGAUCGGUCCCAACUACCCCGCGGCCUUCAAGUCCGUCAUCGGCUCGGCGCCUGACCUAAAGGCCAAGCUAGAGGGCGCCAUCCGUGCCAACCAGGCGGCCGUGAACAAGCAGAAGACGCAGCACGUGCAGCUCAAGCAGGUUGCGCCGGCAGCUCCCAGCAUCAAACUGAAGAUGGACUUCAGUAACUUCAGUGGAUGAAGCUUCCACUGCCACACCAACCCCUAGAGUUGUGGCCAAGUCAAUCACAAGAUCAAUCACAUGUCUGUCAGAUGUAUUUAUGAGUCAGUCAUAGGUCAAACAUUAGUCAAAUCACAAAUCAAAUUGCAACAACUUGAAGCAUAAGUGAAAUCUAAUGUCAAACGCAAGUCAAAACACAAGUCAACUCACAAGUCUAUCACAAAUCAAGGUACAAGGCAAUCACAAGUAUGGUCAAAAGGGGAUGAACAGUGAUUAUUUAACCCUAACCCUGCCAGAUGCAACACGUGUAUCAGGUGGAAAAGCCUGGUGCACUUUGAUGCAUUCAGCUGUCAACGCCAGUACAUGAACGGCCAGUUCUGUAACAAUGAGCGCUAGUCUCACUAAACAAAGCCACAGUUGUAUCCUGC